AUGGAGCCAGGUGGUUCAGGCCCAACGGAUAGCACUGGUCAGAGCGCAGAUCAAUCCUUUCGCUUCGUUACCAUACAAGACCCCGAAGAGUCCAAGGACCGCGAGCUGAGGCGAUCUAUCCGGUCACACGCCGUCAGGCAGGCUCUCCAGAGUAAAAGAAGGGACGAGAGAUCCCGGAGCCAGCAUUUUCGUUCCGCUCCUUCCAACCCCGACCCCUCACAUACCCGAGAGAAGGCGACACAGACUCGAGCAUUGGCCUCUUCACCCCUUUCGACCCUCGGCGUAAUCCACAGUCCCUCGGAGGACGGUGAGGCCAGUCUUUCAAGGUUAAAGUCCCUCCUCAGAUCUGACGAAGCAAAGCAAGCUCUUGAGCCCGUCUUCAGCCUUGGGGACGAAGUUGCUCUUCAGAAUUUCCGCUCCGUCUUCCGCACAGGGGUGGACGACCCGGCCCUCUUGAACGCGGUCCUUCUCACAGCGACCUUCGCCGCGACCAAAAACGUGCUUGAUCACGAGUACCUCCAAUACCAGGGCGAGACGAUCAGGGCCAUCCGCGAGAGGAUCAGCGUGUCUGAUCCUACUACCACCGUCUCGACAAUGGGUGCCAUUCUUCUCCUCGCCGGUAUCGAGACGCGCCUGGGGAUGCGAGCGCAAGUCGAAAUCCAUCUGAAAGCCAUCCACCGUCUGCUUGAAUCCUCAAAGAUAGGCCAAGUAUACCUGACUGACGGCAUCAAGCGUGCCAUCUUCUGGCAGGACCUGUACGCACACAUCCUGACCGCCUCGGAACGCAUCGUGACCCAUAAUACGUUCCACGAGCUGCGGUGGGAGAGAGAUAUAUUUCCACCGGACAUCUUUGUCCUGUCUCCAGGAUUCCAGAGAAAGGCACAGCUAUUCCCCGAGGAGUUUUUAGAGGUCCUCGUCGACAUACACGCGAUGCAAUGUUGUCGGGACUCGGCGUUCUUCGCGUACGAGGACACGAUAUCCAUGAUGCACGUGGACAAUCAGCAGGCGUGGGUGCAGUCCAAGCUGGUGGGCCUUCCGACGCUGCCGUUCGUUCAGGAAUGCUGUCGCUGGGCAGUGUAUUUGGCUGCGUCGAUGCUCUGCUGCAAGAUCUGGCGGUUGUCCGUGAUCCCACCGUGGAUCUCCGCGCAGCUCCUGCAGAAAUUGCAGCAGCAAGAACAACACGACAAGUCACUCUGGGACGGCCAUGGCGACCUGCUGGCGUGGACUUUGUAUAUCGGAGGCGCGUUCGCUCCCGCCGGCGCCGUCCGGUCGGGCUAUGUCGGCCUCUUGCGGCAGGAAUAUGCGUCAGAAUGUGGCGACCUGACUGCUUCUUGGCCCGAUUUAGUCGACGUUCUCAGGCAGUUCGUCUGGUCUGAAAAGGCGUUUUACCAGCAGGUCAGGUCGUUUUGGGAGGAGGUGAUGUCCGGUGCCGGGUAGAAGGGGUGCGACAUUGCAGAAAAAAAGAAUAACGUGCAAACUCCAAAGUAAGGGUUUUGUGUCUGUGAAUCCUUAAAAGUGAUGACCAUCAUACCUCUCUUCUUCGACGGCGAGCAACAUAAGUCAGACCCCCUAUCGCUGGUUCAAACCUGGUGGUGGCCCUGACUGGAUCGGAGAUUCGAGGCUGAAAAGUUG